AUGACCAUCUUCUUUCUCCUUGCGCUCGUUUUCGCCGCGUUGUCCGCUGGCUCCGCGGCGUCAAAUUACCACGAGAACCUUCUCCUCCAGCCAUUUCCGCCCUCGUCUCUACUCGCCUCGUUCAAUUUUAAGAGCAAUACAACACAAACCUCAUUCGAGAAACAACAUUUCCAAUAUUUUCCUCGUGCGCUCGGUCAAAUUCUACAGCACGCCAACACCCGCGAACUACACCUCCGAUUUACUACUGGACGAUGGGACUCUGAAAGCUGGGGCUCGCGUCCAUGGGAUGGGGCAAAGGAGGGCGGCACCGGCGUUGAGCUGUGGGCAUGGAUUGAGGCGGCGGAUGACGAGACGGCUUUCUCGAAAUGGAUUACCUUGACGCAAUCAUUGUCCGGGUUAUUCUGUGCCUCAUUGAACUUCAUAGAUUCAACAAGGACCACUCGGCCCGUUGCAUCCUUUGAGCCUUCGGGCGAUCACCUAUCGUCCAAAAACCUGCACCUGCUUCACGGAACCCUCCCCGGUGAGGUUGUGUGCACGGAGAAUUUGACGCCUUUUCUGAAGCUCCUGCCUUGUAAGGGCAAGGCGGGAGUAGCCAGUUUGCUCGAUGGACAUAAACUCUUUGAUGCUGCUUGGCAAAGCAUGUCGAUCGAUGUGCGGCCCAUCUGCCCGCCGUCAGGGGAAUGCCUUGUGCAAGUUGAUCAAACUGUGGACAUCGUGCUAGAUAUUGAUCGGUCGAAGCGUACGAGAGGCGAUCCUAUCCCCCGACCUGUUCCCGCUGAUCAGCUUGUUUGCGACACCUCCAAACCCUACCAUGGAGACGACACCUGCUAUCCCCUAGAGAAGACAGGUGGAAAGGGCUGGAGCAUUUCAGAGCUAUUUGGACGCACUAUCAGUGGCUCUUGUCCGUUAGCUGAUAGUGAGAACAGCAACGAGGGAAGUGUGUGUCUACGCACAUCGCCUGUACGAGAUGUUUAUCUCUCGUCGGGUUCAGCAGCAACAGUGUCUGCCGAUAAAUUUACUCGCUGCUACACGCCAUCGUCCUCAGAGCCCUUUGACUUGAAGCUUCCAGAACAAGAUAUGGCAGAUUCUAAAACCGAUGUCCCAUUAGACGAACCUGUUCUACACGCCGAGCGAACAAUAGUUGGCCAUGGACAGGAGCGAGGCGGAAUGCGCAUCAAUUUGAAUAACCCUUCGAGCGAGUCGGCCGUGGAUUUCAUCUACUUUGAAACGCUGCCCUGGUUCCUACGCCCUUAUAUACACACUAUGCAAGCCACUAUUACCGAGCGCAAUGGUGUUCAUCGACAAGUACCCGCCUCCGACUUUAUUAAAGACACCUUCUACCGCCCCGGGAUUGACCGAGAACGCGGUACCCAACUGGAACUUGCUUUGUCUGUUCCGCCAGCAUCAACGGUUACGCUGACCUACGACUUUGAGAAAGCCAUCUUGCGCUAUACCGAGUACCCGCCCGAUGCAAACCGAGGCUUCAACGUUGCUCCUGCGGUUAUCAAGAUCGCAGCGGCUAAGCCAAUCUAUAUCCGCACAACCAGCCUUCUCCUCCCACUUCCCACUCCGGACUUUAGCAUGCCGUAUAACGUGAUCAUUCUUACCAGCACUGUGAUAGCGCUAGCCUUUGGCAGCAUUUUCAACCUUUUGGUGCGUCGUUUUGUAACUGCCGAAGAAGCAGCUGCACUGAGAGCGCAAACCUUCAAGGGCCGCUUAGGUGGAAAGAUAGUUGCUCUUCGUGAUCGGAUACGUGGGAAGGAUGCCAAGGUGGAAUAG